GAAAUGAAGCUAAAUUUAUUUGUAAAAGGAAUAGCUUAUGGUGUUUAUACAUUCAGCGCUUUACAUGUUUUUGCUGAAAAUGUUGGAUGUUUUAUUCUUUGUCAAGGUGAUUCAAUGUUACCAACACUUAAGGAUGGAGAUAUCCUUUGGGCAAAAAAAUUACAGCCUCAUCAACUUAAUGAAUCAACAAACAAAACUUUUGGAUGUUUAAAUAAAGGAGAUAUUGUUUGUUUAAAAAAUCCGACAGAUGCUAAUGAACAAAGUGUUAUUAAACGAAUUCACAAAUUUAUCCAAAAAGAUCGUAAUUCUGCUUCAAAUGAAAUUGAAAUACGUGGAGAUAAUACUUUUAACUCUACAGAUUCACGAGAUUAUGGGCCUGUGCCUACUGGAUUAAUUCAAUAUAAGGCAGUUUAUCGGCUAUAUCCUUUGGAAAGAAGAGGGCGGAUAAUAGAAUAUAACUAG